AUGAGGGGAAAGAGGCCCCCUCCUUCGGACUCACCUUCGCUGCAGCAGCAGCCGUUGAUGUCACCCUCUUCGUACACGACAGCAGCAGCUGCAGCAGCAGCAGCAGCAGCAGCAGCAGAAUCAUCAGCAGCAGGAACGCCAGGAAGUGCAAGGUCAACAGCAGCAGCUGCAGCUGCAGCAGCAAAGAUGGCAAGGAGGAACUCUGACGGCUGCAGCGGACUUGCUGCCGACAAACAUCUACAGCAGCAGCAGCAACAGCAGCAGCAGCAGCAGCAGCAGCAGCAGCAGCGUCUAUCAGGGACCCGUCUACGGGGCACAGAUUCUUUUAUGGAUAUUGACGCUACAAGUGUAUAA